GUGUCCCGAGCACCCGGAGGAGCCGGCCACCUACUUCUGCGCCACCUGCGAGUGCCCCUGCAUCUGCGCGGAGUGCGUGGUGCAGCGGAACGGGCGGCACCGGGACCACGAGGUGAUGCGCACCAGCCGCGCCCACGAGGCGCUGCGCGCCCGCGCCGGCUCGCUGAUCGACCAGGCUGGGGCGCUGCAGGACGACUUCGCCAUGGUGGCCCGGACCCCCGCGCGCAGGACGUGGAGCGCGCCGCGGCGCGCGGCCGCGCCAGCGUGCGCGCGGCGUUCGCGCGGGUGAGGGCGCAGCUGCAGGACCGCGAGGCCGAGCUCAUGGAGUCCUUGGACGUCUACGAGAGCGACUCGCUGGCGCGGCUCGACCACGGCGGCGCCGAGCACGCCGGGCGGCUGAGCGAGCUGCGCCGCCUGCAGGACAGCCUCCGCGACCACUGCCACGGCGAGGCCAACGCCGUGGAGGCCCUCAACACCUACGCGGCGGCGAAGGCUGCCAUCGUGGCGUUGCGGGAGGCCUUCUCCCACGAGGACUUCAGCGGCGCCCCCGCCGCGCCCGACGAGUUCGUCGGCCUCGCCAGCGGGGCGCGCGCCGAGCUCGACUCGCACGCGGAGGGCCUGGCCAGCCUGGAGGAGGCCGUGGCCGGGCUGUGCCAGCGCGGCGUGGAGUUCCCGCAGCCGUCGCCGCGGACGGCGGGAUUUAUGACGAGCAGCGGGUCUGCCUUAGGCGGGCCCGAGCCGCUCGCGCCGGGCAGGCACGCGCCGCAGGACAAGUGGGACCCUGGUUUGGAUGCUGGCCGCGGCAGCUCCGCCCGCGCCGUCUCGCCACUGGGGGCGCCGCCCGCGCCCUGGCAGAGGCGAUGA